AAUAGCGCUGCACCAGAACCUCUACUUGUUGCUCCUGGAUGGAGACUAAUGUUAGCCUGUAGCUAAUAUUAGCUACUAAACAUCAACAGGAAGUAACAGACUAGCUAAACACAAAUGUCUUGCACUGUGAGCUCUCCAGGCAUGAACUGUACCUUAGAGAAGGUCCUGGCAGAUGCCAAAUCUUUAGUGGAGAGGCUUCGUAACCAUGACAACGCUGCAGAGAUGUUAAUUGAACAGACAACAUCACUCAACAAGCGAGUGGAGGCCAUGCAACAGUACCAGGAAGAGAUUGACUCAUUAAACCAAGUAGCCCGACAUCGUCCUCGUUCCAGUCUGGUCCUGGGAAUCCAACAGGAAAACCGUCAGAUCAGAGAACUCCAGCAGGAAAACAAAGAGCUACGGACAUCGUUAGAGGAACACCAGUCUGCGUUAGAGCUCAUCAUGACCAAAUACAGGGAACAAGUGUUCAGGCUCCUCAUGGCCAGCAAGAGGGACGACCCAGCUAUCGUGACCCAGCUGAAGGAGCAGCACACCACGGAAAUGCAAGCACACAUAGACAAGAUCAACGAGAUGGCCUCUGUGAUGAGGAAGGCCAUAGAGGUGGACGAGGGACGAAUAUGUGAAGACGAGGAGAGGAUUAAACAGCUAGAGCUGGAGAACACUGGACUCCGAGAGCUGCUGGGAAUCAGUCGCGAGGCUUUCCUGGUUCUGAAGAGAGAAGACGCAUCAGAGAGCACAUCACUGUCGCCAUUGCUGACCAGCGCCGAAGGCAGCUUACGGAAGAGUUAGAGAGCCCGUGGUGACACCCCUCCCCCCCACACCUCCUUCCUGCUGCUGCCACUACUGUGUACAGUCUAUUGCCACACACCACGUCAUCUCUUACCCUACACAUCCUCUCAACGAUCCUCUCCCUUCUCCUAGAGCAUUUACAGCGUGAUGCUGCAGAGCUGCAUCCCCGUCUGGUGAUUCAGACACAAGCAGUGUGAACACACAUCUUUGUCUUCUUUUUUUCCAUUGGUACUUACGUUAUGAUUGCUAAUUUUGCCAGCAUGCAUGAGUCUGUGGUGCCUGCAAGGUUUUAAUGUGUGAAUGGGUAAAAGAAGGGCUUGAGUUAUAAUAAAUCUGUAAACAUGAAA